CGUACCCGACCAAGUGCCAUGGCGUCGGCGCGUCGCGACGCAAUAAUGCGACUUCUUCGCUCGUGUUCGCGAUACGCUGCGCCGUCGCCGCACUUGACAACUUCAGAAGCGCAACAACGCGCGGGCGGCUUCCUUCGUCGUCCGUCCCCUGUCUCUGCCGAGAGUGACACUCGCGGAAUCGAUGUUCAAAGUCCGCCAGCGUGGCUCUCCACACUCCACGGUGUGAGUCCACGUUAUCAGAUGAUUUCCGAAGAAGACUCGAUCGGGAGCUGUCUGUCCCACGUCCCGUUCCGUUCCGGAAAGAAAGUGAACCCAGCGUCCCGUUCCGUUCCGAAAGGUAUGUGA